AAGUUUUAGUCACUCGUCACUCGUCAAAAUAGUUCGGACAUGUUUUUAACGGUUAUUUGAUAAAAUACUGAAUUAAACGUCGCUAGUCGUAACUAUUGUUUUUUUUCACUCGCAUUACAAACUUAUUUGCUGUGAAAACCUCUUUAAUUUUCUUAACAGUUUGUUCGAAUUCUAAAAGCUAACCAAGAUCUAUUUAAAUUGUAAGUACUACACGCGCCCUCUUUGGAGUAAAAAUAUUAUAUCUAGUGUUUAGAAUCAGAGUCCACACUCCGCGGUGCAGCAGCAGACGAGUCCCACCGGUCACCGCCGAAUCUUGUCGACGAAGACCGACUCCUACUCUUCUCUCCACUGCCUCGGCCGUUUCAGCAACACCGUCAAAUAAUAAUAUGAAUAAUAUAAUAUUAUUAUUAUGAUGUCAUCGAUUUGAACACUAUCUCGGCGCACCAGUCGUAUUUGCACAAUUGCACCGUCCGUCCGUUCUCGUUCGUGGCGUAGACGGUCUGACGCCUACCCGUUUUGUUGCGUCGACAUUUUCUAAGUUUUCCUCUUGUUCUCUCGUCGUCGUCGUCGUUCGUCCACAAUGGCUGAUCGCCCAGCAGACGAACUGCGGUUACUGAACGUCGACAAUAAUUCGUCGGCGUUGGUGGCCGAAGCCGCCGAGGUAGCGGACGGCACGCUGAACAAACCAACCGUCCGGCAAACGGUUUGGCGAGUGACCAAAGGUCUAGUGCCCGUGGUCACCAUCUACGCUCUCGGCUUUUGGCGCGUGGCGUCCGUCAGCGCGUGGGUGCUGGUGCCGUUCUUCUUCUGUCUGUCGGUCGUCCGCGACCUCUUAAGCGACGCUGGCCGAAUAAAACGCCGCCGCGCUCAGAUAGCCGCUGCUGCCGACGAGAAGGACCUGAUCACCGCCAACGUUGCUGAGCUACCAUCCUGGGUGUUCUUCCCGGACAUCCAUCGCGCCGAAUGGCUCAACCAGAUUAUCAAACAGAUGUGGCCAAUGAUCAGCGCGUACGCUCAAAACACCAUAAAAACAACCGUAGAACCGAUGGUCAUCGAAAGCCUACGCGAAUACAAAAUCAACAAUUUUGCUUUUGACAAGUUACGACUGGGAUCAAUACCACCAAAAAUCGGAGGUGUCAAAGUCUAUGAUAAAGUAUCACGCGAUCAAAUAAUGUUGGACAUUGACGUUAUAUUUGCUAGUGAUAGUGACAUAUCGUUUUAUGUAAGCGGAAUCCCUUGCGGUAUCAAAGACUUUCAAAUUCGUGGUAUGAUGAGAGUGGUUAUGAAACCAUUGCUCACUACUUCACCUCUGGUAGGUGGAAUGCAGAUUUUUUUCCUUAAUCAACCUGACAUUGAUUACGAUUUAAUGGGUGUUGCCGACGUACUGGAUAUGCCCGGCCUCAAUGAUGUAUUGAAAAAAGUCAUUGCUCAACAAGUAGCCGCUACAAUGGUUUUACCUAAUAAACUGCCUAUAGUAUUGAGUAAUGAAAUAGCUGCACAUGUUGUAAAAUUACCUGAGCCAGAGGGUGUCUUGCGUGUACAUAUCUUUCAAGCUAAAAAUUUGGUGGCCAAAGACAUGAGCUUGAUAAGAAAAGGCAAAUCAGAUCCUUACGUCAUUGUCACAUUGGGUGCACAACAAUACAAAACUCAUACAAUAAAUAAUGAACUGAAUCCUAAAUGGGAUUAUUGGUGCGAGUUUGCGUCUUUUUCUCCUAGAGGACAAGUAUUGAAGCUCAAACUUUUUGAUGAAGACGAAAUGGUGGGCAAAAAGCAUUCGAAUCUAGGAAGAGCUUCAAUACAAAUUGGCAAUGUUGCUAAAACUGGAUAUUUUGAUAAGUGGAUCAACUUGGAAGACACCAAACAUGGCAUGAUACAUGUGCGUAUGCUUUGGUUGGACUUAACUUUGGAACAAAGUGCAUUAAAGAGGGCCCUUACUGAAACCCAAGAACUUCGAAUAACAAAUCUAAGUUCGGCUGUAGUGAUGGUAUAUGUAGACUCAGCCAUCAAUUUACCGAACGCUCGAGCUCAAAGCAAACCAGAUCCAUUGGUACGAGUAACUGUUGGUCAAACUACCCAAACAACUGUAGGAAAAUUGCGCACUGAACGUCCUGUCUAUGAACAAGGGUUCACGUUUUUGGUGAACAACCCUGAAACAGACACAAUUGAAUUUAAGGUUAUAGAUCAAAAAACAAAUACUCAGUUGGGUUUGUAUGUUUACGAACUGUCGUUACUAUUGGUUGCCCAAAAUAUGCGAGUGGAUACUCAACCUUAUGAUCUAAUAAUCGACAGCAAGAACCAACAUCAUGACAGCAAACUAUUGUUUUGUAUGCAACUCAAAUUUUUGAAAAAGUUGCCCGUAUUGGUCGAUGUCAAUGACGACACUACUUCAGUAACAAAACCUCUAUCAAGACAGACAUCUGUACAGUCGACAAAAUCUGUCAACAGUGUUAUAACGUCAGCAGAUGUGUCUGAGAUUCAGUCGUCAGCUGUUGGCAAUAACACGCCCACAGAUGGUAUGAGUAGGACCUCGUCAAUUAAAAGAGAUUCAACGGUAUCUCGAAAUUCACAUACCGGUGGUGGUGAUCAAGAACCACUCAUUGAACAAGCCGAAACCACCGAACUGCUAAGCGAACCAGAAGAACCAGCUCCUGGAACAGGUCCUUUGGGCAGCAUACAAUUAACAUUGACAUUCAGCGUGGCCAGACAACGUCUCAACGUUACUAUACAUAAAGUUGUUAACCUACCAAUCAAAGAAGCUUCAGACAUCCCUGAUCCUUACGUUAAGUUGUACGUGCUACCCAAAAAAGAAAACAGUAACACCAAACGAAAAACCGAAACAUACAAGGACAAUUGCAACCCCGUGUAUGAGGAAACAUUCGAGUACAUAAUGGGAGUGGCUGAGUUGAACAGCAAACAGCUAGAAGUAACUGUCCUGACUAAGAAGACUUGGCACAGUCCCGUCUUGGGUCAGAUAGUGUUGAACAUUUGCGACUAUGUCAACAUAAACACACCCAGUUUUACUGGUUGGUUUGAUUUAGAAACUGAAAUCAAAGAAGGCACCGUCGGUUAA